UUGUAAUCCAACAUGGCAGAUAUACCUGAUGAUGCGCCUAAACACUGUCCUGGCACUACAAGCAGAGAUGCAGGGAAAGCAUCUCUGUGUGCCGGUUGUCCGAAUCAGACAAUAUGUGCAUCUGGGGCAUUUAAACAACCAGAUCCUGGUAUAACACUUGCUAAAGAAAGACUUUCGAUGGUUGAAAACAAAAUACUAAUAUUAUCUGGUAAAGGUGGAGUUGGGAAAAGCACUGUUACAUCUUUGAUAUCCAGAUGUUUAGCAGCAGACAAUCGUAAUAGAAAUGUUGCAGUAUUGGAUAUUGAUAUUUGUGGACCUUCUCAACCAAGAGUGUUAGGUGCAAUAGGAGAGCAAGUUCAUCAAAGUGGAUCAGGAUGGUCUCCAGUAUACAUAGAGGAUAAUUUGUCCCUAAUGUCUAUUGGAUUUUUACUUGCUAGUCCAGAAGAUGCUGUAGUAUGGAGAGGACCUAAAAAGAAUGGAAUGAUUAAACAGUUUCUGACAGAGGUUGAUUGGGGCACAUUGGAUUAUCUUAUUUUAGAUACCCCUCCUGGUACAUCGGACGAACAUUUAUCAGCUACAACUUAUCUUAAAGGUGCUGGUAUAACAGGAGCAAUAAUAGUAACAACUCCCCAACAAGUUGCUCUAUUGGAUGUGAGAAAAGAAAUUGAUUUUUGUAGAAAAGUAAAUAUACCUAUUUUGGGAGUUAUUGAAAAUAUGAGUACAUUUACUUGCCCUAAAUAAUAUCGUCGAGAUAUUUCCUGCGACAACUGGUGGUGGCUGUGCAAUGGCUAAAGAAUUAGAUGUAGAGUUUUUAGGUUCUCUUCCCUUAG